UUGUUUUUGUUUUCCAUCCUUAUUAUCACUGUUCUUGGAUGUUGUCAUGGCGGGCCUGGAUCUAAGUACUGCAUCUCGCUAUGUUCACCAGCUCCACCGCUCUGAUCUCCAUCUCCAACAUCCCAAUCCCGAAGAGGACGAAGAAAGCCACGGCCCUCACUUCACCGGAGAUCACACCGGUGGUGCUGCUGCCAACGCCGGUGCAGAUCAUGAAACAUCUGGUCAAGGUGGACUUCUUGGUAGUGGUGUUGGUUUUGGUGAUAUAGUAGCAAGACGUCCUCGUGGCCGUCCACCGGGAUCCAAAAACAAACCAAAACCUCCUGUGAUCAUCACCAGAGAAAGUGCCAACACACUCAGAGCUCACAUCUUGGAAGUUGGCAGCGGAUGCGAUGUUUUCGACUGCGUUGCAACCUAUGCUCGUCGCCGGCAACGAGGUGUUUGUAUACUCAGUGGUAGUGGCACAGUCACUAAUGUCAGUCUCCGACAACCGGCAUCGGCAGGAGCUAUCGUCACUCUCCAUGGUCGAUUUGAAAUUCUUUCCCUCUCCGGGUCUUUUCUUCCUCCUCCUGCUCCACCCGGUGCUACUAGUCUCACUGUUUUCCUCGCCGGAGGGCAAGGGCAGGUGGUCGGAGGGAGUGUUGUAGGGGCUCUUAUAGCUGCAGGGCCAGUCAUCGUCAUCGCUGCUUCAUUCACUAACGUUGCUUAUGAGCGGCUUCCACUCGAAGAGGAAGAGGCACCACCUUUACAGAUGCAAGCACAAGGCGAGGACGGUGGAGCGAGCAGUGGUGGUGGUGGUGGUGGUAGUGGAGGUGGAGGCUUUCCAGACCCGUCUUCAGGACUACCUUUCUUCAAUUUGCCUUUAAACAUGCCGCAGAUGCCGGUCGAUGGGCACGGGUGGCCUGGUGCUGGCUCCGGUGUCCGUCCAGCUUUCUAGCUAACAAAGAUCGGUAGCCGGUGACCGGACUUCCUACUGGCCGGUUAACUUCUUAUAUAUAUAUAUAUAUAUAUAUAUAUAUAUAUCUCCAACUAUCCAAAUUAAAAAAAAAAAGGUUAGUUUUGAAUGCAUCUUUGAGUGAUUUCUAGCUCCCAUGUGUACAAUUAGUUUCUCAUUUUCUCAUAUUUUGUUUCAUUUUCAUCAGAUUGUUGUUAAUUUGUAGUAUCUUAUGGACACACUCUAUCUACAGAUCCUUUCCCAAAAAGUGAUCUUAUGGUUUCAGCCUUCUUCUUCUUCUUCUUGCUUCUUCUCCUCCUACAAAUUAGAUUGAUAGGAAAUAUCUAAAUAUUAAUGAUAAGUUUGAUUGAUGGAUGGAGUAGUGUUUGGGAAAUGGAUAUUGGAGAUUACCCACGUGUGCAUGUCAUUGUAAUAAAGCCUCCUAUCUUUUAGUUUGUCCAAGAUGGUUCUUCUUGGGAAUAACUCUUUCUCACCCUUUAUUUGUGCAUCUGAACUCUAUCAGAUGUUGGAAACUGAACUAUCUUUAGAUUCUUUUUUUGGAGUUAUAUUGAAAGCAAAGAUGCCAAAAUAAUUUACCUAGAAAAUUUGCUGGCUCUUGCAUUCAUGCCAUGUCUUUCUUUUUGAAUCACCUCAAUGGACUCAUUAAUUAACCACUUAAUUUCAUCCAUUUUUAGAUGCAAAUAUUGA